AUGAGCUACUACGAUCCCGAUUCGGACAUAAGAUCCAUUUUCGGCCUGCUGAAAUUGUCAGAAAAGUUGGCCAUAACGCCGCCUCUAGAUGAAACGAAAAAUACCAAAUGGUUCAAAUAUUACGCUGUUGGGAUCAUGGCCUUCAUCGUACUGGGAAGCUCAUCUUCCCUCUAUGGGAUAAUAGUGUACUUUUUGCCUCUUUUCAAGGCCACCAAUAUCGUUUUGAGGACUAUCUCGAUGAUCGCUUUGACGAUACUGAAUGUAAUAACGAUUCUGGUUUGCCUCUUGAAUUCCAAAACUUGGAACACUUUUGUGAAUCUCUUCAAGUACGUGGACGAGAAACUGAACAGAGGAAAUAUACCGGUGCAAAGGAAGAAUUUCCUGCGAAUGGAGAUUUUGCUGAGUCACUUCAUCAUAUUCUGCAUUUUCGGAUACGAUGCUUACGUCCUGUAUUCCAAUUACGGCUGGAAAUAUGUCCGGUUCUGCCUGUUUAGGUACGUCAACUGCUAUCACGGUACCAUCACAGCUUUGAUCCUGGUACAUUUCGCUUCAGCUUUAAGGGCUAGGUUCAGGAAAAUCAACAACAUGUUGAUAAAAAGCAACGAUCUCCACAACAUCAUCAAUAAUUUCAUUCCAAAAUAUGCCCCAGAGAGAAUCAACAACCUGAAGAGUAUCAAAGAGGUGACCGAUUACUAUCUUCUGCUGUCCGAGUUGGUCGAUAUGUUCAAUAAGUUAUUUGGAUGGCAGAUCUUUUUGAUGACCGAGAACAUAAUCAUAUCCUUACUGGAAGUACUUAAUAGUCUUAUGCUCUCUAUAGACUACACGCAAGUGACUACGGAUGCUCGUCAUGAUUUUAGGACCAUUAUGUUCCUGGCAUCGCUAUCUCUCGUUUUCAUAGUUUUUCAUUCCAGGAUAGUAUUGUACUGUGAGGAUGUAAAUAAAGAAUCUAGGAACACUUUGACCAUAUCUUAUAACUUGCAACAAACCGUUGAUCCAUGCUCCGAGGAAAGAAACGAACUGGUUAUUUUGAGCGAUGUAGUUAAUCUGCUGAAUACAAAGACAAGCGCUGCUGGAUUUUAUUACAUCAGCCGCAAUUUAUCAAGCAGGGUAUUUGGCUACUUGUUCUCAUAUUCCAUAGUUUUAAUCCAGUUUAAUAAACAGUAA